ACCAAACAGCUCCUCCUCUGAGGGAUCAGACUCCUGCAGGAGCUGAGGAGAGACAUAAAGCUGCUUUUUACUUUAAAAUAACUAGUUUGUGUUUAAUUGUUUUUAUUGUAAUUCUAAAACUCUAUGAAAAUAUUUGGAUGAAGAUGGAGAAGUUAUCAAAAAGCUGAAGGCAGGAUAUUUCCCCACUUUUUUAUUUUUUUUUAUUUCCUGCAGUUUUGUCUUUCCAGUGAUGGAGCUGGACCUGGACCUGGUUCCGCUCGCGGUUCUGCACAGACACGGUGGGGUGAACCAGCUCGGCGGGGUCUUCAUCAACGGCCGACCCUUGCCGCACGAGCUGCGGCAGCGCAUCGUGGAGCUCGCGCGGCGCGGCGCGCGACCCUGCGAGAUCUCGCGGCGCCUGCGCGUCAGCCACGGCUGUGUCAGCAAAAUCCUGCACAGGUACAAUGAGACGGGAAGCGUCCGACCAGGUCUGAUCGGGGGCUCCAAGCCCAAAGUGGCCACACCCACGGUGGUGCAAAAGAUGCUGCAGCUGAAGCGCAACAGCCCCACCAUGUUCGCCUGGGAGAUCCGAGACAGGCUGGUGCUGGAGGGGGUGUGUGACGACGACAACGUGCCCAGCGUCAGCUCAGUCAACAGGAUCAUCAGAAACAAAAUCCGAUCCACGUCCUGUGAAGUCACAUCAUCUGUUUCUGUGGCAGCGGAGUGUUCCUCAGAGUCCAGGUUUUCAAUAAGUGGGAUUCUGGGAAUCAGAAAAUACAUCAAACACAAAGAAGGAGGGGACUUUUCCUGCUGUGAACGCCACGACCAGCAGCAAUCCCGCUGUGACACGUGGGAACAGUUUGACCCCAGCCCGACUUUUCACCCCCGACUGGAAGCUGAUUAUAACUCAGACCCGUCAGGGCCUUCAGGUCAUAACUGAAGAAAGAAAAUCAAUAUCAAGAAAACAAGGAAGUUAAAAGUCCAGCAUUCCUCAAAAGAAUGCU